AUGAUUUCUCUGCCAAUUGUUCUUUCUUUCACGACGUCGCUCGCCGCUGCUGCUGGUUUGAGCAACACGUCUUUGAAAAAUUACGUCAACUCGCUCGAGCUGGACUAUAGCUUCAAUCCCGUCAAGGAGGCCUACUGGACAGACCUGCCUCAUCACCGCAGAACACCGUUUGCUCUCUCUCCUGACGGCACUCGUGCUUUCCUCGCGUACCUGGACGAUAGCGAGACCGAUGUCCACAUCCAACGUGUCGAUCCUCAGACUUUUGCCGCAGUCGGCACCGCAGUGACUGUCAAGGGAGGCAAGGAGGCUGGUGGACUUGUUGCCCACAAUGAUGGGUUUGCAUUGUUUACCAAUGAGGCUUUGCCAUUUGGUACAGCUAAUGCCCCUGCUGGUAGCACUCCUGUACCUGUCUUGUACAGAUAUACCGAGGGAGAGCAGACUUUCAAGACGUUCCUGGGCGGGCCUGGUGUUCAUGAAAGCGAUGGUCUUUCUGCAUCUCCUGAUCUCAAUGACGAUCUGGUAUAUUCAGAAAAGGCUGGGCUGUACGGCGCUUACUUCGUCGUCACCGAUUACAGUGGAUGGGCCGAAGGCCACUUUGGCGAUUCGGUCCAGUAUGUCUCGACCAAUGGGUCGCUGGAAACCCUGCCCGAGUCCAGUGCUUGGGGUUGCUCUCACAAUACCGGUAUUGCUUUCGAAGCCGCCGAUGCCGUUCCAUUUGCCAGUAUCUGUGCCGAAGAUCAGGGCGACAUCUGGCUGAACACCAAUAACCGCGGCAUGAACCUGUCCGGAGUCAAGAUCUCGAAUGAGAACACCACCAAUGGUGCCAGUGGCGAGUCGAUGGGCGGUAUGAGUGGAUCCUACAGCAAUCUCGCACGCUUCCAAGGCGAAGACUCCUACAUAUUCUCUUGGGUAUCUCGCGGCGCCGUUGAUCUUUACGAAAAUACCUGGAUGGGCAAGGGUUAUGUUGCCUCUUCCAAUAGGACAAACGGCCGCAACGUCGCCAUUGCAACUUUCUCGGACAAGCAAACCAUGGAUGGGGAACAAGCUUCUUCGGUUGUUGGCGCCAAAGACGGCGACUCGCAGGUCAAUUGGCUCACCACAGGCACAGCUGACUGCUCCAAUGCUCACGUCGCCACUUUCGACGGCAGCAAUGCUCUCGUAACCUGGGAGCAGAUUGACAAGCCUCAAUGUGACAACAUUGCCAUGGGUUGUCAAGGCGAGUUCAGUGGAUCCUACUUCCAAUUGGUGAACAAGGGCGAGAAGGUUGGUCAGCCGAUCCAGUCAAUGGAUACCUAUGUCGCUGGCGAUAUGGUUACCAUGUCUGAUGGUCGUAUCUGCUGGCCUUAUGUCAACAUGACUUGGAGACUCGAUGGGACUGCCGGUCAAUAUGGCAGUCUGCCUUCUUCAACUACAAAGCGAAUGUCUUUCGCUUGCAUGGACAUUGCAGGUGCUGCUGAUGCAUUUUCUUCGGCUACCGUCUCAUCGGACAGUGUUGUUUCGUCCAAAGUAGAUACCACUGCUGCUUUCAUCAGUACUUCGAGUGUACCAUUAAAGAUCCCGGCUUCCGUCCCUGUCCUUGUCUCAUCGAGCACUAUGUCCUCUUCCACUUCUAGCAUCAAGGUCGCCAGAAAAACGCACACAAAAGCGUACUCGAGCGCUUCUUCUGCUCUGGCUACCUCAGCAACUACCUUCUCGACUGCAGUCAGAGUAUCUUCCACUUCGAGCGUGGUUGGCAAGGAAUCUUCUUCCACACUUUCUAGUGCUGCUGAUAACAAGGGUGAAACCUGCGAGGUUCAGUAUAUCUACGAGUAG